ACAUUACACCCAACGACUGGCAGUUGCGAUUGUUGCGACUACAACACCAACCUUCAACAACUUUUUUUUUUCCCUUUUACUACAUACAAAUAUAUAAUACACAAAAGCGAACCACGAUCUUUGCAAUGUCUCAAUUACCGGCUCAGACGAUCCAUCGGGAUCCUCAGCUAUUGUACUGGAUUCUACUUCCAAUUACAGCUGUGAUGAUCCUAACAGGCGUCCUGCGCUACUACGCCACGGUCCUCAUGCAAACACCCCCCAAGAAGCUCGACCAGAACGCCAUGAAGGAGCAGCGCUCCCUCAUGCACGGCAUCGCCGUGCGCAGCAACUUCCACGUGCUGUCCGCGCCCUCGUUCCGCGCCCGGCGGGACUACCUCACCAACGCCUACGAAUCCGGGGCCUUCCUCAAGGACCCCGAGCGUCGCGGCCAGCCGCCGCCGAACCCGAUGACGGACCCCGGCGCCAUGGACGGCAUGAUGGGCAUGAUGAAGAACAACAUGGCCAUGAUGAUCCCCAACACCUUGAUCAUGAGCUGGAUCAACGCCUUCUUCAGCGGCUUCGUCAUCAUCAAGCUGCCCUUCCCCAUCACCAUCAAGUUCAAGAGCAUGCUGCAGGCGGGUGUCGCGACCAAGGAGAUGGACCCCAGGUGGAUGUCUAGCAUCAGCUGGUAUUUCCUGUGCUAUUUUGGUCUACAGUUUGUCUUCAACUUCUUGCUCGGCAAUGAGAAUGCCGCAAAUCAAAUGGCUCAGCAGAUGUCGGGCAUGGGAGGCCAAAACCCGCAAAUGUUCGGACCCGGUGUUGAUCCGGAUAAGCAGUUCAAGACGGAGGCUGAGAACCUUGCUGUGGUUGACCAUUACUCGGUUUUGGAUAAUGUAGAGGGUCGAUUGCUCGAGGGUAUCAAGUCUAAGUAAAGGGUGUUGGGUAGAUAGGCAGCCUAUCAGCUAGACCUAAUACCCAAUACGGUAUGCAAAUAAUAAUCCAGCCUAACACCGUUUCCAUGCAAAAGUGUACCUAGUCAGCUUAGAUACCGUGUACAUAUUUUACUCCCACCACAAGCAGACUCCCAGUCCUUCCUUGAUCAUGGUGCCUUUGAUGCUAUAAGGGGAUAUUUUCUUAGCUUUAUCCACUGCAUCUUGCUCCGUAGUCUCGGGGGUCUGAUCGUGCCACUCCUCUCCUUCUACAGAAAAGCGAACCAUCUCGUUCUUGUCGUACCACAUUGGGUCGCUCUCAGGGUCAAAUAUCCACGUCCAGGCCUUUUCAACUUGGUUAUAUUGUGUGUUUUCAGGGAGCUCCGUAAAGGGUAUGAAUAUGUCCUCAAAAAACUCGGUUCGAAUGUUGAUUCCAGUGUUGUUGGAGCUGCUAAUUCUUCCAAACAAAGUCUCGCCCUUGAAUGGCCUAAACACAAUCAAGCGGAACUCAACUGUUUUUUUUUUAAAAAAAAUCUGAGAGUUAACACAGUUCCAGCCAUGAUGCACGUUUUUUAUGGGAAACUAGGUAGACAUACCAUUGACGUUGACCAUACCAGUU